AGGGUCAAAUAAGGUGAAUGAGGUGGAUGUUCAUUUGUUCACGACAUUUACUCAUGUUCUGUAAAGAGAACAGCUGGAUUUCACUGACUAAAUUGAAGCCAUUUUUCAUGUAGCAAGACCAGUUUUGUUGGAAAAGCACUGUUCCUUAGAGAUAAGAUGUCACUAACGUUCUCUUGUCGUAUUGGGAGACAAUACUUCUACCGUACUGCGAAGAUACUGAUGGCAGAUAUCAAUGGACAAAAAUUGCAAUUGCAGGGUUAUGCAAGUGACAAUGGCAAAUCAGACAAAGCUGUACCUUUUGGAUUUCAAGCAACAUCUAACGGCACAGCAUUCGAUUUAAGCAGUUCAAAAUCCUAUGAUCAAGCAUACUCCGAGCAUGGCAACAUUUCUCAGCCUAUUAAUCUCUCAUGUUCAACAUCAUCUCUUGAAGGAUAUCAAGCAAACACACAUGAAUUUUCCCCUUCACAUCAACAGGAUAUCUUGAGUAACUCAAAUCGGGUUACUUUAAAUAGAGAGAUCAAUGAUAUGACCCCAGGUGUAGCAGGAGGGGAUCAAAGUGACCAACAACAAAAUAGUGACUUAUAUGUUUCGUUGUAUGAUAGCAAGACAUAUGUCAGCCUCUAUGGAGUUAUGCAAAGCAAUGUCCCGGAACCGUAUCAACCUCCUGAAACUUCAAACCAGGCAGAAACGCAUGGUCACGGUGAAUCACAUCUCCAAAUGCCAAGUGGAGGUGUUGUCAUGGGGGAUAAAUUCAUGUCCAGCCAUCGUAUGGACACUCACGCAACCACUCAUAUUACUAAUACUAAUCUCAAACGAAAAUUCUCUACAUCUGUAGUCCACAUAUCUCCCAUCGCUACCCAUAAUGCAAAUAUGCAGGUCUGCAGGUUAAAAACCCACAAGGAAUACAAGGUGAAGAUGGCGCUAGAGAGCUCUGGCAGAGUUCUGCAGAGAUUAAUAUUAAUUUUUUAAGUGUAGUGACAAGCAUUUACUUAAAUUGAUAUAUCAAAGUUUCAAGAUUGUCUUCUUAUAAAGAUACAUGCACAUGUAAAGUUCAGUUACAGUAUACGGUUAAACAUGUCCAAGUGGAGCAAUUUCAGUAGCUUAUAAAAGUGUUCCACAUGUUAGGUGUCCCACUUAUAGAGGUUCAUUUAUCAUUAAAUCAGUUGAUCUAGGGACUCUCAGAAGUGUUCCACUAACAGUGUUCCACUUGUAAAGAUGUUUGACUUUACAGGUUUCACUGUAGUAGUAUGAUGCAGUCAUAGCAUUUGUCAGUCAUGCUCUGGCUUCAUGUUCAUUUGUUUACAAUUUUCCUAUUGAUCUGUAAAUGAGGAUAUUGUCCCCUGAGAAUUAUU